AUGGACGCCCUAGUCCAAAUCUUCACGCACUCCCUAGACCCAAACGCCAACUCUCGCAAAGCAGCGGAACUGGAGCUCAAAAAAGUGGAAUGCCAAGAUGGAAUGCUCUCCUCGGUCUUCUCAAUCGUCUCCUCGCCCCAUAUCGACCUUGCUGUCCGGCAAGCGGCGUCGAUCUACUUCAAGAACCGCGUCCGUCGCCAUUGGGAUUCGGCUGUGGUCCGAGGUGGACCGGCUCUGGCAACUAUUUCUGCCGGCGAUAGGGAUUCGAUCAAAUCCGUGAUUCUCUCCACGCUCGUCGAAGCUCCCGCUCAGAUUCGGGUUCAUGUUGCGAAUGCGCUGGGCACUAUUGCGAGGUGCGAUUUUCCUCAACAAUGGCCGCAGUUGAUGGAUCAGAUCGGACAGCUUCUCCAGAGUCGCGAUCCGCAGCAGGUGUAUGGUGGUUUGCGUGCGCUCUUGGAGGUGGUUAGGGCUUAUAGAUGGACUAAUGGCACAAAAAUGAUGGAGCAGCUCGCUCCUGCGACACUUCCGCAUAUACUGCAGACGGGCAAUGGCUUGCUGCGUUCGGAAAACGUCUCGUCUGCACAAGUGGGUGAGAUGCUUUAUGUAAUACUCAAGGUUUAUAAAACUUCGAUGCAUACCGAGCUGAGCAAACAUCAGCAGUCGCACGAGUCGAUCGUUCCUUGGGGUACUUUCCUCCUUAACGUCGUGCAGCAAGAAAUCGAUCCGAGUCAGCUGCCGGCGGAUGAUGAUGGCAAGGAGCUCGCUCCCUGGUGGAAGGCAAAAAAGUGGGCAUUCCAUUCUCUCAACAAACUCUUCUCUCGCUAUGGAAACCCUUCGCAACUACCGUCGGAUAUGAAAAAGUAUAAACCUUUUGCGGACAACUUCGUCGAGACCUUCGCACCGGAGAUUUUCAAGGUGUAUUUGAGGAUUGCAGAGGCCAACAGUGGAGCGGGCAUGUGGAUUUCCAAGAAGGCUUUUUGCUUUUUGUGCAUGUUCUUUACGGAAUGCGUUAAGCCCAAGUCUACGUGGGCCUUGUUGAAGCCUCAUGUGUUGCAGUUGACACGCUCCUUUAUCUUCCCGAGACUUUGCUUUGGAGAGGAGGAUGAGGAGUUGUGGCAGUUGGAUCCGGUGGAUUUUGUAAGGGCCAAUCUGGAUCCUUUUGAGGAAAUCGGCUCGGUUUCCGGUUCGGCUGCGACCUUUGUUCAGACAGUUGCCGCCAAGCGUACUAAAUCUGCUUUCAUGCCCUUGCUGGAGUUCGUAACGGAGGUGGUCAACGACUAUCCCAACGGCUCCAGGACGGCCAAGGAAAAGGAUGGAGCUUUUCAUCUGUGCAGAGCGAUGGAUUGCACCAUGCUUUCCCACGAAAAAGUUUCCGCCAUGCUCAAUGGCUUUUUCGCACAGCACGUCAUCCCCGAGUUGAAGAGCGGACAUAAGUUCUUGCGCUAUCGAGCAUGCGAUUUGGUCAAGAGUUUCGACCAUAACGGGAUCGCUUGGACGGAUAAUUCGAGCUUGGAAGCCGCCUUGACUGGCGUUAUGAACUGUAUCGCUGAUCCGGAGCUUCCUGUUAGGGUCGUGGCUGCCGAAGCCAUCGGUUCACUUAUCGACCAUGACCAAGUGCAUUCGGCUAUGGCGCCCAACGCUGCACGACUCAUGCAAGAGUUGCUUAAACUCUCGGAUGAAACGGACCUGGAUAUCCUCUCACCCACCAAGAGCAAGGUUGUAGCCAACUUCUCCGAGGAGCUCCUGCCAUUCUCGAUCCAGCUGACCCAACAGAUGGCUAACUCCUACCUGAGGCUGGUAAACGAGAAUCUCGAAUCUGCAGACAGGAAUGCGGAUACUACGAUGCAGUUCGACCUGGACAAUCACGAAGAUGAUAAACUCUUUGCUGCUAUGGGUUGUCUCAAUACCAUCUUUCAAAUCAUUGCUUCUGCCGAAAGCAAACCCGAGAUUUUGGAGAAGCUGGAGCAGGUGGUGCUGCCUAUUGUUGCGUAUACACUCGAGAAAGAUUGCGUGGAACUCUUCGAUGAUUGUUUGGAGCUUACCGAUACUCUUACCUAUUACCAGAAGAAGGUUUCGCCGGGGAUGUGGCAUAUCUUUACGCUCAUCUACAACUCUUUCAAAGCUGCAGGGAUCGAUUAUCUUUCCGAGAUGUUGCCUACGAUCGACAACUGUGUUAGUUAUGGAGUGCAAGUAGUUCAGGGUAGUGCAGAGUAUAAGACCAUGUUGGUGGAUAUCUUUCUCACAGCGAUCACUUCUGAUCAGUUGGGCAUUACCGAUCAGGUGGCUGCUUGUAAACUUGCCGAUGUAAUCCUACUCCUUCUUCGCGGGGGUGUGGAUGAGGCUUUGCCGCAGAUGAUAAAGGCUCUGCUGCCCCAUACCGUGGACGAGGAGAAGGCGAAGAGUGAUGUACGCAAAUGGUCGAUCAUCGUCAUUCUCGACGCGCUCGUUUAUAAUGCUGGUGCAACCCUACAGGUGUUAGAGGCAGCCGGGGUUACAACUCAACUCUUCGGUGCGAUCACUUGUUUGCUACCCAAGUUGACUAGAGUGCACGAGAAAAAAGUAGCCUCAAGUGCAAUCAUCCAACUGCUCUCCCUGGAGCCCUCUUCUCUUCCAGCACCGAUCGAAAGCAACCUUGCGGCAUUCUUAGUCGCUCUAGCUACCCAACUCGAUACUCUUCCCGAAGCGAUUCAAAGACGAAAUGCGAUGCUGGAAGCGUUCGAGGAGGAAGAGGAACAAGAUGAUACGGAAACCUCUUUCGCUUCCUCUACCGGAGCAGUUUCGCUCGAUCCGAGCAAGUACGAGGAUGUGGAUGACGACACGGAUGUAGUGGACCAAGAGAACGAGUAUUUGGAAAUGUUCGCUCGUGAGCGCGCCAAGCUCCGAGCAGCGGCUAAUGGAGAGCAGUUCGAAGAUCAAGAGGAUCAAGAAGAGUAUCAAGAGGAUCAAGAAGGAGAGGAUGAAGAGGAUGAAUUGAGUUACGAGAGUCCGAUGGAUGCAGUUCCGGUUUUCGAAGAGUUUAGGCGCUUGUUGGCUAGUUAUCAGCAACAGAGACCCGAGGUUUGGGCUAAGAUUGCCGGUGAAUUGACAGAGGAACAGAUCAAGUUGAUUCAGCAAGUUGCUCAGGGGCAGGAUGAGAAGGUGAAGAGGCUCUAA